AUGCAACAAGCUGGCGUGAAGCGCGGUGCGGCAGUGAACGCCGGGCAACUCAUGGAUCGGGACUCGCCCGAUUGCCCGCCGGCAGCGACCUCCAUCUACGGAACCUGCGCCUCUCCCCACGACCCGAGAGCCGUCAGGAACGCCUCACGCCCGCUGCCCCGCGAUGCCGCGCCUCAGGUGUUUGAUGCGAACAACAACGGCACUGUGGACGCCGGCGAAUGGCAGCGCGGCCUCGGGGACCUUGGGGCCAAGGGCGAGGGCGUCAAGAGCUACAUCUUUGACCGCGUUGACCGCCUGACCAGCUCCAACCACGAGCUGGACACCUCGGACUUCGGCACCGCCCUCAUCCUCGCCCGCACCGUCAUCCUCGGCUACUGA